AGUGUGCAACAGACUCAACCUGAGCAAACGGCCAAAGCAGAGAGAGGAGACUGUUAUUUUGACCAUGACAUAGUGUAGACUUUUGAUGUGCCCUUUCCUCUGGAUAUUAAACGUUUGGAAGCAUCAGUGAAACCGCAGCAUUUAGACGAAUCCCGGGAUGUUUAGAUGAAGAAAAGUAGCCUACUCAAAGUGUUGUGGCGCCCUCUGCUGUUUGACUGACGUGGGACAGCUCUGUGACCAUGGGGGCCGAGCUUGAGGAGGGGAUGAACCUCGUUAUUGUUGACUACUAUAACAACUCGGGAAAGUGGGACCGACCUCGUGGUAGUGGGGCAUGUAAGACUGCCCUGCUGCUCUUCAUCUGUAUCCUCAUUGUUCUGGAGAAUGUUACCGUGCUCCUGGCUCUAUGGAGGAACAAACGUUUCCACAGUCGAAUGUACUUCCUGAUUGGAAACUUGGCCCUGUCUGACCUGCUGGCGGGAGUUGCCUAUGUGGUUAACAUCUUCACCUCCGGACGCAACACCUUUUUCCUGACGCCAGUGCAGUGGCUGGCCCGGGAGGGGAGUAUGUUUGUGGCCCUGAGUGCAUCUACCUUCAGCCUGCUGGCCAUUGGGAUAGAAAGACAUAUGACCAUGGUGAGGCUGCGGCCGUGUGAGACGGCGGGGCGGGGGAGACUUCUAGGACUGCUUGCAGCUUGUUGGUUAGUUUCAGUUCUGCUGAGUGCCCUCCCCAGCCUGGGCUGGAAUUGCCUCAAUAAGAUGUCAUCUUGUUCCACUGUACUGCCACUCUACGAUAAGAGCUAUGUGGCCUUCUGCAUCAGUGUGUUCAGUGCCCUCUUAGUGGCUAUAGUCAUCCUGUACAUCAGGAUAUACCGCCUGGUGACCUCCAGUGGGCGCCGUGUGAGCAGUAGGCCCUCAGAGCGGUCCCUGGCUCUACUCCGGACAGUUGUGAUAGUGUUGGGAGUGUUUAUCAUCUGCUGGUCUCCUCUGUUCCUUUUGUUGCUGAUGGAUGUGGGGUGUAGUCCGAAGAGGUGUCCCGUGCUGUACCAGGUGGACUGGUUCAUAGCUCUGGCAGUGCUUAACUCAGCCCUGAACCCCCUCAUCUACACUUUGUCCAGCCGAGAGAUGAGAGCCGCCUUUUUUAAACUUCUCUGCUGUGGUCAGGCCAGUCUGGAGCCCAGCGGGAACCCCGGGGUGGGAAACCCCCAUCUGAACACUAUCAUCCCCACAGCUGAGAACAGCAAGAGCAGCCUGGGGCCUGUAGGGGGCACUCUCCCCAGAGGGAAGGGCCCAGGACCAGUGAACUCUGAGAGCAAAGACCCCUGUGCAACAGUGCCCCACCCCUCUGGGCCUGCAGACCUGCUGUCUGCUGUCCUGGUGAAGGCAGGUGCUUUGCCACAGCUGAGCAAGUUCUAAAACAUGUACAUGACUGUUACCAUGACAAAUGAAAUUAAAUCACACUUAUUUACAAAGUAAAGGCAGUUAGGGUCAUGUGAGCAAAAAGAAACAAAUCACUAAAGACUUAUGGCACAGAUGUAAAGCAGAAGCACAACUACACAGUACAAAGGUUUGUCAGUAUUUUUCAUGUGACAAAUGAGUAUUUAAAUAUGCAGUACCACACUCUUGUUAUUGUUUUGGAAAAUACUUUUGUGUCCAUAAUGUUGUAAGCAAACUAUGGCAAAUAGUUGGAAAAAGUAAUUGUGUAUUGCAGAGUAGUCUGCAUCUGCGUGGAUCACACCAAAGAAGAACAGUGUUGUCAGUAUUACACCAUUGAAGUGAAGUCAAUUUCUUGUGGGAACUGACCACAGGCCGGAUUUCUUCUGGAUGUGUUUAGUUUUAUCUUUGUGUGUAGAAGAUAAAACUGUUUUGUGCACUUUCUGCAUGUAUAUGCAAUAUCUUUCAGUUUAUAUGUAUUUUACUUUGUAUAUAAAACUAUUUAUUUUCUGUGAAAACACAUUAACGCAUUUCUUUGUGUAUAAAACCAUCAUGGUACUAGUCUUUGUUACUGAUUGCAAUGCACUGCAAAUUCAAGUAGACAGAUGGCCUCUGGGUUGCAGUAGGCUACUAUACCAUUCAUGUCGCAUUUUAAUGAAGAUAAAGCUGAAAUGUAUUAGGUUUACCACUAAAAGGUAGUAAUGUGAUGGUUGUCCUCACGGUGGCGCCAGAGAGCUAUAUCUGUGUUCAGUAGAUUUCAUUUAGUCCACUUGGGUCCUUUGUGGAUCUAAACGAUCCUAUAAGUGGGACCAAUACAACACUUUUCAUUAUUGAACCACUCACACAGUCAACCACUAUAGUCACGUGUGUGUCAUGCAUGUUUGAGGUGCCUUAUCUGUAAACGCUGUACAGCAAAUAAAUACAUUUUCUGGG